UUAAAUAAGAUAAUCUAGUCCAAGUAUAAAAGCUAAGGCAUCAAUAUCAGAGUCUCACUCGUGAUUAAAUUGAGCCGCCGACGAAGACCCCCCACAAGAACGCUGAAGAGCAGCGCAUCAGUGAUUGGAUUCCCUAAUAGUUAAAACAUAAUCUUAAGAUCUCAUCGUUCGUUUGUUAUCUAAACAAAUCAAAACACUGCCAAAAUGUGUGAUGAUGAUGCGGGUGCGCUUGUGAUCGACAACGGAUCUGGUAUGUGCAAGGCUGGAUUCGCCGGUGAUGAUGCCCCACGUGCUGUAUUCCCAUCGAUCGUAGGCCGUCCCCGUCACCAAGGUGUGAUGGUCGGUAUGGGUCAAAAGGACUCGUAUGUCGGUGAUGAGGCUCAAAGCAAAAGAGGUAUCUUAACUCUGAAAUAUCCAAUUGAGCAUGGUAUUAUCACCAAUUGGGAUGAUAUGGAGAAAAUCUGGCAUCAUACAUUCUACAAUGAAUUGCGAGUUGCCCCAGAAGAACAUCCUGUACUACUGACAGAAGCUCCAUUGAACCCGAAAGCGAAUCGUGAAAAGAUGACGCAAAUUAUGUUCGAAACCUUCAAUUCACCCGCCAUGUAUGUCGCGAUUCAAGCUGUGCUCUCUCUUUACGCUUCCGGUCGUACCACUGGUAUCGUCUUGGACUCCGGAGAUGGUGUAUCACACACUGUACCCAUCUAUGAAGGUUAUGCUCUUCCACAUGCCAUCCUCCGUUUGGACUUGGCUGGUCGCGAUUUAACCGACUACUUGAUGAAAAUCUUGACCGAAAGAGGUUAUUCAUUCACAACUACAGCUGAACGGGAAAUUGUUCGUGAUAUCAAGGAAAAGUUGUGCUAUGUCGCCCUGGACUUCGAACAGGAAAUGGCAACUGCAGCUGCCUCCACCUCAUUGGAGAAGUCCUACGAAUUGCCUGAUGGUCAAGUGAUCACCAUCGGCAACGAACGUUUCCGUUGCCCAGAGGCUCUCUUCCAACCCUCGUUCUUGGGCAUGGAGUCAUGCGGCAUUCACGAGACUGUCUACAACUCAAUCAUGAAGUGCGAUGUCGACAUCAGGAAGGAUCUCUACGCUAACACAGUACUCUCCGGUGGUACCACAAUGUACCCAGGUAUUGCUGAUCGUAUGCAAAAGGAAAUCACCGCCCUGGCCCCGUCAACAAUCAAGAUCAAGAUCAUCGCUCCCCCUGAACGUAAAUAUUCAGUAUGGAUCGGUGGUUCCAUCUUGGCUUCUCUGUCCACCUUCCAACAGAUGUGGAUUUCGAAACAGGAGUACGAUGAAUCCGGUCCUGGAAUUGUCCAUCGCAAGUGCUUCUAAGCUAGUACUAAUAAUUUUCUGUGAGCAACGAUCAAGGGAAUUUUCUGCUCAAUUGAAACAUCGAGGCAGCAACGUGAAACAUCUGGUUCUAGUCACUUUUGCCCACUUUGAACCAAAGGCUUUUUUCAUUUUUUAUUUUUUAAUCUUUUAUCUAUUUUCAUUUUCUCUUUCGCUUUACAAAUUGACUAAAGUGAAAAUGAUUUGAAAUCAUUACAUUUCUAAGACAUGAAUUCCCUAAUCUUAUUUCAUUUAAUUUUUUUUAAUUUAUUUUAAAACUAUUUUGCUGUAUUUCUGCUUAAAUUAGAUACUUUCAUUUUUUGUAAGACAUAAAUACUAUAUCUAUUAUUUCCAAUAAAAGCUGAAAAUAUUCUAGUUGUGGAAUGAAAAAAACACAAAUAGCACUUAACAUAUAUGAGAUGAUAAUGAUGGUGAUAAUGAUAAUGAUGGUGAUGAUGGCGUAUAUAAAUAGCAAGACACUCAAAGAAACUGUUGUAAUUUUAAUGAAGAUACAUUUUUGUUAUGCUUUCUAUUUAUAACUUUAACAAUAACAACAACACAUUGUAAUUUAUAGAAAAAAAAAUCAAUCGACAAAUGAUAAAUAAAAUAAAAUAAAUAACAAGUGGA